GACGCCUCUGGGUUGCUAGGGCCUUAUAAAGUGACGUAAUAUCCAGGCGACUAGAAAAUCAUCAUAAUAUUAGUUGGCGUGAUUGUUUAGUGUUUGUUCAAUUAUUUCGUCCGAACAUAAUGGCAUUAGAAACAGUCCCCAAAGACCUGCGCCACCUGAGAGCCUGUCUGCUUUGUUCGUUAGUGAAGACCAUUGACCAGUUUGAAUAUGAUGGCUGUGACAACUGUGAGUCAUACCUCCAGAUGAAGGGGAACCGAGAGAUGGUGUAUGAAUGCACAAGUUCCUCGUUUGAUGGUGUGAUCGCCAUGAUGAGUCCUGAAGAUAGCUGGGUGGCUAAAUGGCAGAGAAUAGGCAACUUCAAGCCAGGUGUAUAUGCAGUUUCAGUGACUGGCAGACUACCUCCAGGCGUAGUGAGAGAGCUGAAAAGCAGAGGGGUGAUCUACAAAUCCAGAGACACGGCAGUAAAGACGUAAAUCCUGCUGAUUGUCCCCAGAGCUGGAUCAUACUGUUUCACCAUGUCUGUGAUGUCUUGUGGAAAUGUUAAGUUUUUGGAGCUUUUUAAAUUUGGAAAAAAAAAACAAAGAUUGCUGACACAUAAGAAAAGGUAGAUAUGUCUUAUUUGUUUGAAUAGUUUACGUGAAAUAAAAACCUGUUUUAUAAAAAAAGUGAGUGAGUGUCUUAAAACAAAUGAAUACAUUGGAUUUAUAUGCACCUGUAAUCUGUGAAUUAACUAAGUUUUCAGUGUCCCCGAGCAAGUGAACAUGAUCAGUUAAUUUUUAAUGGGACUAAUCUGUCUACUGUCCAGAAGGGCACACAAUGUGGUUUCUGACUGAUGACCUUGAGCUGCGGUCCAAAAUGAUGAUGAUGGGGGUGAGGUCUCUAAGAGGACUGUGGUUAGACUCCGAGUUCAUUCAACCUUUCUGGAACAGAUUGCUGAUAUAUGUUGACCAGAGAAUACAAAUAAACGCGUCCACAUUCAU